AUGAAUAGCUCGUCAAAUCUAAAAGCACGGCUCCUCUUUGUUUUAGCCAUAGCUUUUCUCGGCAACUCAAGACUAGCUGCAGGAAAUAAUCAGAACGCUGGAAGAAAACUUGAUGAAAUUCCCGGUUUCAUUAGCAUUGACUGUGGCGGCGAUGAAGAUUACACUGACAAGGAAACCGGAAUUCCUUACAAGUCAGAUAAAGAAUUAAUAGAUACUGGAAUAGUUAACACAAUACCUGCUGAUUCAUCCACGGAUCUUGCACAGUAUCUAAAGAGCUUGAGAAGUUUUCCUCAAGGAAAAAGGAAUUGUUACACCCUGAGACCAGAGCAAGGAAAAAACAAUAAUUAUAUGAUCAGGGCAAGAUUCUUUUAUGGGAAUUACGAUGGCAAAAACCAGGUCCCUACAUUUGACCUACAUAUUGGGGUUAAUUUAUGGAGAACAGUGACUAUAAAAAAUGGAUCUGAUUCUGUCAUUUAUGUUCCCUUGACCGAUUACAUAGAUGUGUGUCUAGUGAACACCGGCAAUGGAAUACCCUACAUCUCAGCACUGGAACUACGGCUUUUGGACAAUUCCAUUUAUCAUACAGCAGGUGGGGCACUUACAAACCCAAAGCGAUAUGACAUUGGCAGAGAAAGUGAUCAAUCAGGAGUCAGGUAUCCUGAUGAUGUCUAUGAUCGCUACUGGAUUCCUGAACUAGAUGAUGAUUGGGUUCAAGUCACCACAAGCUCGACCAUAAAUUCCCAGAAUGCUAACAACAUACCUGAUAUAGUGUUAAGGACUGCUGCCCAAUCACAGAAUGCUAGCAUUCCCUUGAACUUCUCCUGGAGUCUGCCAGAUUCUCUUUCAAAAUGUUAUGUUUACUUUCACUUUGCUGAGAUUGAGAAGCUUGAAGCUGGCCAGCAGAGGGAAUUGACAAUUAAUUUGAAUGGCCAGCACUACCUAACAGAGUCUAUUAAACUUGAUUAUCUAAAUCCAAUAACCGUAGUACAAACUGAUCAUCCUAGUAGUGGGGAGCUGCUUAACUUUUCAAUAACUGCAGCUGAGGGAACUAAGCUUCCUCCAAUCCUCAAUGCUGUUGAGUUUUUUGUGUUCAAAGAGCUCCCAAAUAAACCAACUGCCGUAGAUGAUGUUGAAGCUAUCAUGGAAAUCAAGGAACGGUACAGAGUGACUAAAAACUGGCAAGGUGAUCCAUGUGUCCCAAGUGAAUUCUCAUGGGACGGUUUGAACUGCAGUAACAACAAUCCUCCAAGGAUCAUCUCACUGAACUUGAGCUCAAGCAAUUUGACAGGCGUGAUUGCAACUUCAUUCUCCAAUUUGAAAGCACUGCAGUCCUUAGAUUUGUCAUACAAUGACUUAACUGGGUCACUGCCAGAAUUUUUGGCACAAUUGCAGAAUUUGAACACCCUUAAUUUAAGUGGGAACAAGCUCACAGGUUCUGUUCCUGCGGUUCUUCAGAAAAUGUUUAGGGAUGGGAAAUUGGUCUUGAGUUUCAGCGAAAAUCCAGAUCUUUGUCUGUCAGAUCCAUGCAACAGAAAGAAGAAAAAGGUGUUCGUUAUUCCAGUUAUUGCAUCAUCAAUAGCAGCUGUCCUGGUCCUUCUAUUCAUCUUUAGUGCUUGGGCUAUCUAUAGAAUGAAAAGACAUGGAGGUACGGUUACCAAAUCCAGUAUCAAAUCACAGAAUCAACAGUAUAGCUACUCUGAGGUUGUGAGCAUAACUAAUAACUUCAAAACCAUCAUUGGGGAAGGAGGAUUUGGAAAAGUGUACCUUGGAAAACUGAAAGAUGAAACUCAAGUUGCUGUUAAGCUUCUCUCUAUUUCAUCAUACCAAGGCUAUAAGGAAUUUCAAGCAGAGGCACAACUCUUGAUGAUAGUUCAUCAUAGAAACUUGGUUUCUCUUGUUGGAUUCUGUGAUGAGGGUGAAGAGAAGGCACUCAUAUAUGAGUACAUGGCUAAUGGCAAUCUGCACCAACAUUUAUCAGUUACAAACACAAAUGUCUUGACAUGGAAUGAGAGACUUCACAUUGCAGUGGAUGCAGCACAUGGGUUGGAGUAUCUACAUAAUGGUUGCAAGCCACCUAUAAUCCAUAGAGAUUUGAAACCUUCCAACAUUUUAUUAAAUGAACUCAUGCAAGCCAAGAUAGCUGAUUUUGGGCUAUCUAGAGCCUUUGCAACUGAAAGGGACUCUCAUGUGUCAACUCGCCCAGCUGGCACAUUGGGGUACCUUGAUCCUGAAUUUCAAGUAUCUGGAAACUUCAAUAAGAAAAGUGAUGUCUAUAGCUUUGGGAUUAUUUUGUUUGAGCUAAUCACUGGCCGCCCUGCAAUACUUAGAGGCCCUGUGAGAAACAAUCACAUACUUGACUGGGUUAAUCCUUUGAUUGAAAGGGGUGAUGUUCAAAACAUUGUUGAUCCAAGAUUAGAAGGGGAAUUCAACACUAAUUCUGCUUGGAAAGCUAUAGAGAUAGCCAUGUCAUGUAUACCAUCAUUAGCUAUCCAAAGGCCAGACAUGAAUUAUGUGUUGGCAGAAUUGAAGGAAUGUUUAGCUCUAGAGAUGGCUUGGGGAAGAACUCAAAGGAUGGAAAUUGAGGGGAAUAAAACAACUCCGAGAAUUCCUUCCAAAAUGACCCAUUUGGAGUAUGAAUCAGAUAUAGCUCCCCAUGCUAGGUAGUAAUUAAACAAAAGAAGAGUGGUUAAUUGUGUCUUGUAUAAUAUAUAACUAGUUUGUAUCACAUUAUACUUUUAUGAACUCUUUUUUUGAUUGUUGGGGGAGGGUUUGAACCCUAUGGGUAUCUUCAUUAGACACGGCAGAAAGUUUCAAUUAAAUUAUGAAACUCUUGGCAUAUUUUAUGAA